UCGUGGAGCGCGCUUGAAGGCGCGACGCCGUGUAGCCGCGUAGAAUUAUCGUAGGUAUCUUUUUUUUUUCACCUGACGCGCGAGCCCGCGUUCGUUCUUUAUAGUUUCAAUGCGACGACCGCGACGUGUUCGUGAUUAUUUGCACGCGCUUUAGAGCCCCGCUCGUUUCGUUUUCCCGUUCUCGUGGCGCGCGCUUAUUUCUCCGCCGGUCUUCGCGCCGAGAAAGUGCCGAUUGCCGACGAUGACAUGUCGCGACGCGGUCGAUUCAGUGAGCAUGCAAUAGUGUUGAUUAUGAUACCGAAGGCGAUCAUCAAUGGGCGAUUAGUAUGACGACUAGCUGACGGAUGUACCUCUGUUCUACCUCCUCACGGCGUCGGCGGGGUUGACGAUUGAGCGGAAAGUGGAAGGAUGCUGGGUAGCGUGGGAGGUCGACACGUGUCUACGCGUCGGCGUGGCAGCAAUCCGUUGAUGCGUGGAAGUGUGGGCCUCAUCGGUUAUGGCGCUACCGGGAUCGGCGGAAACGCGGCCGAUGGCAAUGCGAUGCAUUCGGAACCGGUGCCCAGAUAUGCCGCCAGGAGACGAAGGGCAGUCACCACCAGCGACCACAAGAGUUGCGCCCUUAUACAAACACGGCUCAAGCUCGGCGAUAUUAUGUUGGCAGCAGCGCAAGAGGCGGCACAAAGGGACUCUGGAUACGCGAGUCAGUACUACGGGAGAAGGUCGAGGUUGGCCGGACUGAGGAGUGGUCUCGGUGACUGGACUAGCUUCGGAGGGGAGGUACCUGGUCUGGUAGACAUGGCACCAGGCCGGGAUCAGGGCGGAGGGGCGGGUGGCGGUGGGGUGGGCGGCAAGGGCACCACGUCGUUGUUUAUCCUGUCGGAGGAUAAUUGCAUACGGAAGCAUACGCGCUUCAUCAUCGAGUGGCCGCCCUUCGAGUACGCCGUCCUGCUCACCAUCAUCGCCAAUUGCGUAGUCCUUGCCCUCGAGGAGCACCUGCCGAAUUCUGACAAGACCAUACUCGCACAGAAGCUCGAGACCACGGAGAUCUACUUCCUCGGGAUCUUCUGCGUCGAGGCGAGCCUCAAGAUCCUCGCUCUCGGCUUCGUCCUCCACCGUGGCUCCUACCUGCGCAACAUCUGGAACAUCAUGGACUUCUUCGUCGUGGUGACUGGGAUCGUCACGGCGUUCUCGCAAGGCAUACACCUGGAUAUGGAUCUGCGCACGUUGCGUGCGAUACGCGUGUUGCGACCGCUCAAACUUGUCUCCGGCAUACCGAGUCUUCAGGUGGUGCUCAAGUCUAUCAUCAAGGCGAUGGCGCCGCUGCUGCAGAUCGGCUUGCUGGUACUCUUCGCCAUCGUGAUAUUCGCCAUCAUCGGCCUCGAGUUUUAUUCGGGAACUCUGCAUAAAACGUGCUUCAGUAUAACGGACAUGGAUGUAAUCAUAAAGGAGGGCGAGCAGCCGAGCCCAUGCAACACGGACAUCAAGCUUGAGGCUCCAUUCGGGGCCAACGUGUGUAACCCUAAUAUCUCGACGUGCCAGGAGUACUGGGAGGGACCAAACGCGGGCAUCACCAGCUUCGAUAAUAUUGGAUUCGCCAUGCUCACUGUCUUCCAGUGUAUCACUAUGGAGGGCUGGACUGCCAUAUUGUACUGGACAAACGACGCUCUUGGCAGUCAAUACAACUGGAUUUACUUUAUACCGUUGAUCGUCCUUGGAUCAUUCUUCAUGCUGAACUUAGUUCUUGGUGUCUUGAGCGGAGAGUUUGCGAAGGAGAGAGAGAAAGUGGAGAACCGACAGUCCUUUCUGAAGUUGCGAAGAGAGCAGCAGCUUGAGCGCGAACUGAAUUGUUACCUCAAUUGGAUCUGCAAAGCAGAGGAGGUGAUACUUGCCGAGGAGAGAACCACGGAAGAGGAGAAAAUGCACAUAUUAGAAGUAAGAAGAAGAGCGGCGGCGAAGAAGAAGAAAUUGAAAAAUCUUGGCAAGAGCAAGAGUACAGACACGGAGGAGGAGGAGGGCGAGGACGACCAGGACGAUGGGUUCUCGAGAACCUCCUACUUCAAGUCGAAAGUAAAGAAGCAGGGCACGUGUCUACAAUUCUGGCGGGCCGAAAAGAGAUUCAGGUUCUGGAUACGCAAUUCCGUCAAGUCGCAGCAGUUUUACUGGUUCGUCAUCGUCCUUGUGUUCUUCAACACCAUCUGCGUAGCCGUCGAACAUUACGAGCAACCGAAAUGGCUCACCGAUUUCCUCUACUACGCAGAGUUUGUGUUCCUGGCCCUCUUCAUGAUGGAGAUGUUUAUAAAGGUCUACGCGCUCGGUCCCCGCACAUACUUCGAAUCGAGCUUCAAUCGCUUCGACUGCAUCGUCAUCUGUGGCUCGAUCUUCGAGGUGAUCUGGUCCGCAUUGAAGUCCGGCUCUUUCGGCCUCUCCGUCCUACGUGCCCUUAGACUCCUGCGAAUUUUUAAAGUCACCAAAUAUUGGAAGAGCCUAAGAAACCUCGUGAUAUCGCUGCUAAGCUCGAUGCGCAGCAUCAUCUCUCUUCUCUUCCUACUCUUCCUUUUCAUCCUCAUAUUCGCGCUGCUCGGUAUGCAGCUAUUCGGUGGCCAGUUCAAUUUCGAAAGAGGCACGCCGCCCACCAACUUCAACACCUUUCCCAUCGCACUACUCACUGUCUUCCAAAUUUUGACUGGAGAAGAUUGGAACGAAGUGAUGUACCAGGGUAUCGAGUCGCAGGGCAUGGCCUACUCGCUCUACUUCAUCGUGCUGGUACUCUUCGGCAACUACACUCUGCUGAAUGUCUUCUUGGCUAUCGCCGUCGACAAUCUCGCGAACGCGCAGGAACUAAGCGCCGCCGAAGAGGAACAGAAAGAGGAAGAUAAGGAGAAGCAGUUGCAGGAGCUCGAGAAGGAGAUCGAGUCGCUGCAAAAGCCCAGAGACGGUGGCGCACCGAAGGUGGAAAUCUGCCCUCCAAGUCCAACCCAGAAUUUCAGAGAUGGAAGAGGUGAUAACCAAGCGUCUGAAGAGAGGAGGCAGGAUGAAGAUGACGACACGGGACCAAAACCAAUGCUGCCAUACUCCUCCAUGUUUAUACUGUCCCCUACGAAUCCCGUAAGAAGAGCCGCCCACUGGGUCGUGAACCUUCGGUACUUCGACUUCUUUAUAAUGGUGGUGAUAUCGCUGUCGAGUAUCGCGCUGGCCGCCGAGGAUCCCGUCUCGGAGAGCGCGCCGAGGAACAAGAUCCUCAAUUACUUCGAUUACGCGUUCACCGGUGUCUUCACCAUCGAGAUGGUGCUGAAGAUCAUCGAUCUCGGCAUCAUACUCCAUCCGGGCUCGUAUCUGCGCGAGUUUUGGAACAUUAUGGACGCGGUCGUAGUGAUAUGCGCCAUGGUGUCGUUCGCCUUCGACAUGACCGGCAGCUCGGCCGGCCAGAACCUCUCGACUAUAAAAUCGCUGCGAGUGCUACGAGUGCUCAGGCCACUCAAGACGAUAAAACGCGUGCCGAAGCUCAAGGCGGUGUUCGACUGCGUGGUGAACAGUCUCAAGAACGUCAUUAACAUUCUUAUAGUGUACAUAUUGUUUCAAUUCAUAUUCGCUGUGAUCGCGGUGCAGCUGUUCAAUGGUAAAUUUUUCUACUGCUCCGACGAGAGCAAGUAUACGAGAAAGGAUUGCAACGGUCAAUACUUCGUUUUCGAGGAAGGUAACAUGCUGCCGGAGCCCAGGAAUCGGACCUGGCAAUCCCAGUCCUUUCACUACGACAACGUGAUGGUGGCCAUGUUGACGCUGUUCGCCGUCCAGACCGGCGAGGGCUGGCCGCAAAUUCUGCAGAACUCGAUGGCGGCCACGUACGAGGACCAGGGCCCCAUCCAAAACUUUCGCAUUGAGAUGUCCAUUUUUUACAUCGUUUACUUCAUCGUCUUUCCAUUCUUCUUUGUCAACAUCUUCGUGGCCUUGAUUAUCAUCACAUUUCAGGAGCAGGGAGAAGCUGAAUUACAGGACGGUGAAAUUGAUAAAAAUCAGAAAUCUUGUAUAGACUUUACAAUACAAGCUCGUCCGCUCGAGAGGUACAUGCCGAAGGAACGGAAUAGCGUAAAGUACAAAAUCUGGAGGAUAGUCGUAUCCACACCGUUUGAAUAUUUUAUCAUGAUACUCAUCGUAUUGAAUACGAUACUACUUAUGAUGAAGUAUCAUCGGCAAACCGAGUCGUACAAGAAUACGCUGAAGUACAUGAACAUGUGCUUCACGGGGAUGUUUACUGUCGAGUGCAUACUGAAGAUCGCCGCAUUCGGCGUGAAGAACUUCUUCAAGGAUUCCUGGAACACCUUCGAUUUCAUCACGGUGAUCGGCAGCAUCGUGGACGCCCUCGUGAUCGAGUUCGGGGACCGGAUAAGGAGCAUGUUCAGUGAUGGCCAGCUAGAAAAAAAGGAGAAUUUCAUCAAUGUCGGUUUCCUGAGGCUCUUUCGCGCCGCCAGGCUGAUCAAACUACUCAGGCAGGGUUACACGAUACGAAUUUUACUCUGGACCUUCGUACAAUCCUUUAAAGCUCUGCCUUACGUUUGUCUCCUCAUAGCAAUGCUGUUCUUCAUCUACGCCAUCAUUGGUAUGCAGGUAUUCGGUAACAUCGCGCUGGAUGCUGAUACUGCUAUUACCAAGCACAACAAUUUCCAAAGCUUCAUACAAGGUCUGAUGCUGCUUUUUCGGUGUGCUACGGGUGAGGCCUGGCCGAACAUCAUGCUGGACUGCGUAAAGGGCCGUCCUUGCGAUGCGAAGGCCGAGAAGAAUGAACCGGGCGGUUGCGGCUCCAACAUCGCCUACGCUUACUUCGUGUCAUUCAUCUUCUUCUGCUCGUUUCUCAUGCUAAAUCUCUUCGUCGCCGUCAUCAUGGACAACUUUGAUUACCUCACGCGCGACUCGUCGAUCCUGGGCGCUCAUCAUCUCGACGAAUUCGUGCGAAUAUGGGCCGAGUACGAUCCGAACGCCACCGGCAAGAUCCAUUAUACGGAAAUGUACGAUAUGCUGAAGAACAUGGAUCCGCCGUUGGGGUUUGGCAACAAGUGCCCGAAUCGACUCGCGUACAAGAAACUCAUCAGGAUGAAUAUGCCGGUGGACGGUGACGGCAAAGUAAACUUCACCUCCACGCUGUUCGCCUUGAUACGCGAAAACCUCAGUAUAAAGAUGCGAUGCGCCGACGAAAUGAAUCAAGCUAAUGAAGAACUGCGGGACACAAUCAGAUGUAUCUGGCCUCUGCAAGCGAAAAAAAUGUUGGACCUUUUGAUACCUAGGAACGAAGAAUUGGGCAGAGACAAGCUCACGGUGGGUAAGAUAUACGUCUGUCUUCUGAUAAUCGAAAGUUGGAGAUCGAAGUCAAAGCCUUCCGAACAGAACGAUAACGAUCUUAUCGAUAACGAUAAUGCUGGGCAAAGUCCUGCAGCCCAGGCGCAAUCGGCCUUCUUCAACUGCCUGCUGGACAUUUCGGCUGUAAAUCACAUCGGAAAUAAUCACGGAGCCGGAAGUAGGGCAAACAGUCUCGAACCGGUGGUGCGACCGACCACGGAUGUGAAGCACGACCGACAUAAAGAGCACAGAGACGAGGAGGAAGGGGCUCUUGGCGUCCUCGCAGCCGCCGCGCACAGACGUCAGCGUAGCAUCAGAAACAAAAAGGUGAACUGGAAGAUGUCUCGCCAAUACGAUAUACUAGGCAGCAGCGGAGAGAGUAGCCAGGGAGGGGGUGGGUCUGGGGUUGUACUCGUAGUUAAUGGCGAGGAUCGCGCCCCCGAGCUAGAGCCAUUGCUGGCCGAGGUGUCCUCCCAGCGGGAUGAUCAAAACAACUACUACCAUCACCAUCACGAUCAAUACUACGAUACCGACAAUGAUCAAUACUAUGACCACCACCAAUACUACCACCACCACCAUCACCAUCAUGAUCAUCAUGACCACCGACCACCCUCGUACUACCAACACCAGAACACCUACGUACCUCGCUCCUCGAUCCGUUACCACAAGGAGCUGCAGGACGUCGUACCGUCCGACUCACGUGCCGGUAGCCUCGAGAGUCUCACGCAUCCUGGCGACAGAAUCCUUCGUCCGCAUCAUCCUUCAGCGCCUCCCCCUAGACGUUCGCGAUCGCCAAGUAUAAGAAGACACUCGCCAAUAAUGCCUAGGUCGCCAUCGCCGAGGCGACAGGGCCGAUACGACCAUCACGGUCAUUACCACGAAGGACCAGGGUUUAGCGACACCGUUAGCAACGUCGUCGAGAUACAAAGGCACACUCAUCAUCCCCACGCGUCACAAUAUAAUCAUCGGCAUAGGAUACGAGACUAUUACGACCACUGCGAAUAUUACGACGAUGGUCCGUGGAGCGCCUCGACGAGCCCGGCAAGAUCGCCGAGCCCGGUUCACCGGAUCGAGCGCGGCGGUCAUUACGGCACGACCAGUCUGGAGCAACGUUCGAGGAGCCCGAGCCCGGGUGGUCGUUCGCAUCACCAUCAUCAUCGCCAUCAUCCGCAUCAACACAGCUACCCGGUACUGGUCGCGAGGAGAGGCCAGGGUCGUCGGUUACCGCCGACGCCGAACAAACCGUCGACCCUGCAGCUGAAACCGGCCAACAUCAACUUCCCCAAGCUGAACGCCUCGCCGACCCACGGUUUGCACGGCCCGAUGGCGCCGGGAGGACCUGCCCACGUACCGGUGGGACCUGUGCCAGGCCAUGUGCUGCAGCAUCCGCAUCCGCCAUCGCACAUGCCGCCCUCCAGCAUACAGCCGAGCCAUCAUCCGUUGAGCUUCGAGCAGGCUGUUGCCAUGGGCCGCGGUGGUCGUUUACUUCCCAGCCCGGUUCCCAAUGGCUACAAGCCGCAACCACAAUCCAAACAAAGAACGCCUAGAUCGAGGCACUCAGACAGUGACGAGGACGAUUGGUGCUAGCCAAAGUGGGACCCUGGACGGUGGUCCGGUGACGUGGACGCCCCCAGGCGUCUUAGGGUUUGCGCAUGAUAGUCGUCCACGUGGGACGCGUUGAAUUUCAGUGUAAAGAGCAGCAGCCAAGGAAGAACCGCGAUCGACGAAUCCGAGACCACUUCCUUUAAGCUUCGACCGGCCGAAGACGGUUCUACGAAGGAGUAAUUCCGGUUUCCCAUCAUCGCGGCGUACGAUUUGGCGACCGAAAGGGGUCUACGAGAAUUGAACGGAGAUGAUUCGAGGCGGACCGAUAAACUCGGACCGAUCCCGAAGGCUACACGGCGACCGAACAGGGUCAGCAAACACACAAGGAAUAAUCGACUCUUCGCAAAUAUAAAGGAAAUCCAGCGAAACCUCAUUCGCACGACGAUGUCGCACGAGUCCGCGGACGGGGAGGAGUGCGAUACGUGCGAUUCCACGAACGAUCGAGAUGAAAUCAAACGGCUGAGCUCGACAAGGACGCUCUACAUUGGUGCGAACGACGAUCGGCAAAGCUGAGGUCGAUCUUUCGAGCGACAGCUACGUCUUGAGAGACACGAUUGAUGGUGGGUUGCAGUGAAACUCGUCGUGCGCGACAGUGAAAUGGAAAAAUUGAGCGGACGUUCAGAGAGUUCGGACCCUCCGAUUGUAUGCGAGUUCAUAUAUUUCAUCUUCCCUCGUCUCGAUCGAGCGAGGAUCGUCGGGGAAGACUCACUUUUUAUACGAUUUUCCGAAGGAGGGACUCGUCGAACGCCCGGAUACGCUGUGAUCACCACGUGAAACGUUCUCUUAUAUGAAUAUGUAUGUUUGUGUACGUAUGUAUGUACUGACUUUGUGCGUGUGUGCGUGUGCGUAUGAAGCCUCCUUCCCCUAUAAUACGACGUUGAAAACCGCGACUGUUCCACUUCUGUGAGAGAACACGGAAUAAUAGCAAUGUUAAUUUUUCAACGACGACGUUAAUAUUAAAGGGACGUCGAUCGAGGGAGAUUUGAAUGAAUGGAAAGACGACGCAGGCCGCAUAGGGUCUGCAGUAGGAUCGUCACUUGCAGUUUUACAUAAUUUGAGGCUGAUUAGAUAGACGGCAAAAUCUAUUCAAACAAUCCGAAACGGCGAAAUUUGGCAAAAAAGGAUUUCGUUCUCGCUGUGUGCUUUCUCCGUGAAAGAUAUCGUCGGGAAAUUUCGCUGCGCGAACGAAAAACGGACUAACGCGAGCGGAAGCGAGUGUUUCUCGACGAAUCGAGAGGCCAGCGAGAGGAGAAUCGAGAUAGGAUUAGAAAUUAGAUCGAACGGCUGAAUUUCAAUUAUCCUAUUCCUCUUCACAUUGGCUCCAUUCUGCCAUUAGCAAAAUUGACGCGCGAGCGACGUUCUAAUCAAACGCGAAAAAUCAGAAAUCGGUUCGCGCGAGAACCGCGGCUGUGAAGUAUCGACAGGGGUUCGCAGUCGCGGUUCUUGUCGAAAAUCGCACGCCAGACGAUCGUAGCCACUUUAAUGGAAACAAAGGCGAAGGAGAGAGGCCAAUGCGAACGUCGUCGUUGAUUCGUGCGAAUGUUGCCUCGCGAUUCGUGCCAAUCAAGGGAGAAAAUUAAGGGAAAAUUCAAGUAAAGAGGACCACGAUCGAGGACGCGCGGAGAGAAAAAUAAACGAUUGUCGCGAAAUAUCAGAAAGGGGGGAAGAUGCGUAAGAAAGAAAGAGAGAGAGAGAGAGAAAAUGGGCGGUAGGCGGAGAGAGAGAAAAACCAGUUCUUACCACACGGUUUUCAAAAGCACUUGUAAAUUACUGCAUAUAUAUAUAUAUAUAUAUACAUACAUAUAUAUAUAUAAUUGAAUUACAAUACUUAUUACUAUCACUGCUAAUACCGUUACUAAGCUAACACCUACAGGAAGGGAAGGAAAAACAGCUCCACUCCACUACUAUUACUAUUACUACUAACUACUAACUCUACUGCUAUUAUCAUUACUACUGUAUUACCAUUUACUACUGCUACUACCACUACUACUACUACUACUACUACUGUCUUACUACUACUAUUGCUGCUGCUACUAUCAUUAUUACUAUACUACUAUUACUACUUACCGUAACUAAAUUAUUCUACUACCGUCGCUAAAUAACGCUGUUUAUUAUCAUUACUGUAAUACUGUAAGUGUGUUAAUUAAACCGAAGCGCGCGCGACUCGUAAGAGAAGAAUGAGAAACAUCGGUUUACGUCAUUCGUCUAUUCGCAAUCUCGAGAGAACCUUCUCACCGUCGAUUUGAAUUGUGCAUUUAAAAACGACGGACGACGUAGAACAAACGAAAAAAAAUAUAUAUAUACAGAGGGAAAACGAGGAAAUUAACGGAAGCUUGCUAAACGAGCGCACGUAUCCGAACCGAGAUUAUAUGAUAAAGAGAAGAAAAAAAACCAUUAUACAUUAUACAUAUAAAAAAAAGACACGUUUAACAUACUGCCAAUCGUACGGGGUGUUUUAAGCGGAAACACAUACGAGAAAUACAUAGGUGUACAUAAACGUACAUUCUUUUUUUUCCUGCGCGACACAUAUAAAUACAUUAUAUACUGUAUGGUAGGUAAGUGUACAUACCCGUUGAGCGAACGAGAGGGAGAGAAAGCGAGAAAAAAAAAAGAAUGAAUGAAUGUGGAUGCGAGUAAUUGAAUCGGCAAAUGUGAGAAGCGAAACAACUCGGUCGACGCGAUUAUUAAUUAAAUCACGCUCGAGCAACUAUAUUUAUACAGGGUGUCACUUGAUUGGCGUUCACUAUUUAUAUAGCGAUAUUCCUCGUGAAAAACUGAGUCGAAAAGUCCUGAACCAUUUUUUUCUAUAACGCUUCAUAAAGCGGUAAUUAUUGAGUAAAGUUGCGCCAAUAAGCAUCGACCUUUAGCCUCCUCAAUGAAAUAUUCUUUAAGGAAACACUUCUAACGGAAGAAAUAUGAUUUUUAAUGCAAAAUAAAGUUUUUCGCAUUAUAGAAGAAAAGAAUGAUUUAUAAAAAAAAAUGGUUUCAAAUUUUUUUCAUUAUAGAAAAAAAAUGGUUCGGGACUUUUCGACUCUUUUUCCACGAGGAAUAUCGCUGUAUAAAUAGUGGGCGUCAAUUAAGUGACACCCUGUAUAUAUUUCGUGUAUUUUAUUUUCGUUUAAAUCAGUCGUUUCUUAUCUUCGUUUAAAUAUUAAGGUUGAGGGUGGAGGGAGAAAAAUUGGGGGAAAAAGUUGAGCCGAUUUACUUCGUUUCUCAAAUCAACGAUUCGAUUGAUUUCCAACGCUGCUCUAUGCUUGUUUGCGUAAUUAUCGUGUAUUGGUUAAGUCAAAAUAAACGAGAAUAUUGCCAUUACGUAACGACAUUAAUUAAUGUAAGUAGCUAAUUCGAGAGAAUGUGUGCGUGCGACGGGGAAAUCGAAAAGGGGAGAGAAAAAUGGAAUGAGAAAAAAAAAA